AUGCACAGAGAGCGAGGAGGCGUUGGAUCCAAAGCCGAGGUUGCUUCCGUUGAUCGGAAACGAAUCAACGACGUCCUCGAUAAACAACUCGAACGAUCCUCGCCGUCCACUUCCAGAACCAUCAACGGUAAAGAUAGGUCCUCUUCUUCGUCUCUCUUAACCGCUAAGGAUCAUAGGGACCCUCGCUCCGGUUCCGCCACUAUUCCGAAAAAUCCUAACGCUUCCGAUGAUGCAUUGGCUGCAGAGGAAUCUGAAACCGAUAGUGAAGAGUCUGAUGUUAGUGGUUCCGACGGGGAUGACACGUCUUGGAUUUCAUGGUUUUGCAAUUUGAGAGGAAAUGAAUUCUUUUGUGAGGUUGACGACGAUUACAUUCAAGACGAUUUCAAUCUUUGUGGUUUGAGCAGUCAAGUGCCUUAUUAUGAUUAUGCUCUUGAUUUAAUUUUGGAUGUUGAAUCCUCCCAUGGUGACAUGUUUACCGAGGAACAAAAUGAGUUAAUUGAAUCAGCAGCAGAGAUGCUUUAUGGUAUGAUUCAUGCCCGGUAUAUAUUGACUAGCAAAGGAAUGGCUGCCAUGCUGGACAAGUACAAGAACUAUGACUUUGGCAGAUGUCCAAGAGUUUACUGCUCCGGACAACCUUGCCUUCCAGUUGGUCAGUCCGACAUUCCUAGGUCUAGCACUGUGAAGAUAUAUUGCCCGAGAUGUGAAGACAUUUACUAUCCUCGGUCCAAGUAUCAAGGCAACAUUGAUGGAGCUUAUUUUGGUACUACAUUUCCCCACCUGUUCCUGAUGACUUACGGACAACUGAAGCCACAGAAACCAUCACAGAAUUAUGUUCCGAGAGUUUUUGGAUUCAAACUUCACAAGCCAUGA